UUGGUGGCAGACGUACUGAGCUGCUUCCACUGCACCUUCCCAUCAUGUCCACCAACUUCACUUUGGUUCCUCUGUGUGUUGACUUUACCUCUCCAGGAGACUAUUUUCUCUUCAUUUUCCACAUCAUGGCUGGGGUCAGCACUGUUCUCGUAGCGGGUUCGGUGGUGUGCGGCAUCAUUUCCACCCGGGCUCUUUUAGUACAGUACCGCUUUCUAUUUAUGCUGAACACCAGCAUUUCUGACACACUGUCCGGCUUUGGCAUUUUCUAUCAGUUUCUUUUCGAUGUGAAGGAAGAAUAUCCUGUCAAAAACUGGACUUUUUAUUUUUUACCCUCUCUACUAGGGAUUAAUAUCAUGACGUUUCUAUUCGCCCAGAUUGAACGGUAUUUUGCUGUUUGCCAUCCGUUCUUUUAUGAUCGUUUUAUCUCCACCAAAGCUGUUGUAUGUGUGAUUAUUUAUAGUUGGAUUCAUUGUUACGGCAUUUUGCUCGCCCAGCGCAUGCUCCCAUGGUGGAAAGCUGUGGACAUUGCAGUUUAUGUUAGAAUAUGCGUCUUUGUAAUUAUUAUCGCCAAAGUGUCUAUGACUAUUAAGCUCUUUUUCGUGAUCAGAUUCCAGCUUCUCCGAGAUCCUCCUGGCCCGGAGAGGGACAGUAAGAAAGAGUCUCUGUUGAUCAUAAUAGUGGUGGAUGUGUUUUUCCUGCUCUUCUGGGGCCCAAGCAUGCUCUACGUCGUCCUGUCAGCACUGACUGGGAAGUACGUUAUUUUUAGGAACGAUGCACACAAUCCUAUUAAAAUCCUGUCCAGGAGCAACACGCUUUGCACUCCGUCUCUUUACCUGUGGGCGAGUCCCGCACUGCGAGCAGCGGCAUGGAAAACUGUUUGGAGCAAAAUCUGCAAAACACGAAGGUCUAUUAAGGUUUCUAAGGUUUGAGCUUUCGGACUUCCACACAGGAACUUUGUUGAUCUGUGGGAGAUCCAUACACAACCACAACUAUCUGUUUCCUCUUCUUCACCAGUUUGGUCACAAGUCGCUAAAUUGUCCUCUAAAUCUGCAACCACCAUUUGUUCCAAAUCAGGUCACUCAGUCACAAGCAGCAGCACACAAGCUGAUCCCACAAGUUUCCAGUUUUCAGGUUGGCGGUCAAGACCACCGGGAGGCCAUUCCAUCUCUUCUCAAAUUCUGGACGUAGUCUGUUAUAGAUCCUGAUCUGCAGCGGCAUCUUGAAGGGAGUUUGGCCAUACGGGGUUACCACUCAUCAGAAUCUCUUCUCAGUAUCUGAAUAGAAACUACCUCUAAUGAUGACAAGCCCUGUUUUGUCCAGAAUAAUAUAUAUCGUCCCCCAGCAUCACCCUUAAUCCAGCAAAAGUUAUUUAGCACUGAGGUUUUUGCAAGUUUUCAAUAAAACUAUCCCUGUGGCUCUAUUC